CUUGAUUAAUUAGUUUGGUCAAAGUUUAAGUCACACAGAGCUCAAAGUAGGAACAAGGGCAAAUUCAAAAGUGAAAUCACAAAAAUAACAAAAUCUAAAUUACACAUAAUAAAAAUAAAAAAAAUAAUGCAUAAAACUUGAGAAUGAGAGCACGUACAAAGCAUAAAAACAUGAAAUGUGAAAGCGAGAGCACGUACAAAACGUAAAAGUAACAAGAGAAGAAUUAUGUGACUUAGGUCACCGUUGUUAAAUAGUUAAAACUGUGAUGAACAAUAAUUGUUUUGGGUAGUCAUACUUAAUUGGGGUGGUACCAACUUUUAGUAGCAUAGCAAGCCAUCACUGCCUUUUGGAAAUUGAGAACUACAAACCUGGUGAUUUUCUUCCUUCUUUGUUUAAGCUCUUGGUUGCCAAUUCUUGCUUUGAUUUUACCUUAAAGAUUAUAAGAACUAUAAUACAGAAGAAAAAGAGUAAAAUCUCUACCAAAAUGGCACUUUCAAUCUUCAAUAUCAUUUUUGCUUCUCUCGUCAUCAACACUCUAGGCACUGGAACCAACAAUGCGACACCUGAAUUCAUCCUCGGCCGUGGUGGUGGUGGUGGCAUCAAACUCACAAUGCCACCACUAGUCCCUCAAGUGGCGCGGACAGCGCCAACACCAUCUCUGCCUCUAGGACUACAACAGCUUGUUUUCGAGGAUCAAAGACUUGCGGUGGUGUAUCCAAUCAUCCAAAAGUUCAAGACCAUCAUCACCUCAGAUCCUUUGGGCAUCACUAAAUCAUGGGUAGGCGCAGAUGUGUGCAACUACACAGGCUUCUAUUGUAGCAAUCCUCCAGACAACACUACUGCCAGGACUCUGGCUUCCAUUGAUUUCAACGGAUUCCAGCUAAGCGCCCCUUCUCUAGAUGGCUUCCUUGAUCAGCUCCCGGAUAUCGCGCUCUUCCACGCCAACUCCAACAACUUUGCUGGCACCAUCUCUCCAAACAUUGCUAAGCUCUCUUACCUCUACGAGCUGGACAUUAGUAACAACAAGUUUUCAGGGUCGUUUCCGGAUGCUAUUCUUGGCAUGAGCAGCCUAACAUUCUUGGACAUUCGCUUCAAUCUCUUCACCGGAUCAGUCCCACCUCAGUUGUUCACACAAACAGACCUAGAGGCACUCUUCAUCAACAACAACAAUUUCAUGCAAAGCCUGCCUGACAACAUAGGCAGCUCUCAUGUUCUUUACCUCACCUUAGCCAACAACAUGUUCGUCGGUCCAAUCCCACGAGGCAUUUCAAAAGCCUUGUCCUCUCUCACUGAGGUUCUAUUCUUGAACAACUUUCUAAGUGGUUGUCUUCCAUACGAGAUGGGGUCACUCAAAGAGGCUAUAGUGUUCGAUGCAGGCAACAAUCGAUUGACAGGUCCGUUGCCGUUUUCGUUGGGGUGCUUGGAGAAUUUGGAGGUGCUGAAUUUUGCCAAUAACCUUUUCUAUGGUAUGGUGCCGGAGGUGGUGUGUGCCCUUGAAAAUCUGGCGAAUUUGUCGCUGUCCGGUAACUAUUUCACGGUUGCUGGACCAAUUUGUAGAAGCUUGAUCACGAAAGGAGUACUCGAUGUUAGAAAUAACUGCAUUCCUGAUCUUCCAUUUCAAAGACCAGUUCAGGAGUGUGUAGCCUUCUUUGCUCGCCCACGGUAUUGCCCUUACAUGGAUACAUACACUUACAUUCCUUGUUGGCUACCCUAUUUUAGUUCUCCUCCAUUUAUUGUACCUGAAAUGGCUCCUACCCCUUAAUCUUCUCUCAUCAUGCAUUAAUUCGAACAUUAGUCCUUUGUUCAUUUUUUUUUCUUUGUAUUGUAAGAUGUUUUUAUAUUAAUAACAAUGAAAUUUCAGGCAUUUUUAGUA